AUGCCGGCUACUGUCCCUCAAUAUGAUCCGGACGAUUUCCGAGGCGUACCUGGUACCGUAAAUCGAGAUAUCCUGGGUGCCGCUCAGCGGAAAAUUCCUCCUCCAGAGUUCCCGACCCUAAAGCCGUCACCGACAAAGCCAUAUCUGGCCCAGACCACGACCCAGUCAAUUCGAAGGAGCGAGCCGCAACCAUUGUUGAUAGUUACCGACCUGAACGGAACUCUCAUUUACCGUGGUGGUCGUGGAAAGCAAAACUUUGUCCCUCGUCCCAAUCUGGACGAGUUCCUCUCCCAGCUGUUCUCCGAUGAUUCAUUCCGCACAAUGGUCUGGACUUCCGCUCGACCCGAAAAUGCCGCUGCGAUAUUAGCGAGGCUUCUCACCCCGGAGCAGCGUUCGAAGCUGGUUGCUGAAUGGGCUCGAGACAAGUUAGGGCUCAAUCACAAGCAAUACAACCAGAAAGUCCAGGUGUACAAGCGACUUUCAGCGAUAUGGCGGGACAAAGGCAUCCAGAAGAGCCAUCCGCGGGCCGCUAAGGGUGAAAAAUGGGGCCCUCACAACACCGUCCUUAUCGACGACUCCCGAGAGAAAGCGAGCAGCGAGCCGUACAACCUCAUAUGCAUCCCGGAGUUCGUCGCCGAGAAGAAAGCCGAAGGGAAGCCGGAAGGGGAGGCGGAGGCGCGCGUUUUGAUGAAGGUUCUGGAAUACCUGGAUGAAGCGAAGUACUGGAGCAACAUCAGUGCGUUCAUCAGGGACAGGCCUUUCGCGAUGGAAGAUGUUGGUUAA